CAUCUUUCUUCAACUUGACCUCGAGUCUUUCUUUGGUUCUUCUGUCGUGCAGGAUUCUCGGAUUCAUAACAAGACUGGAGGACGUGACAGCCUGGAGAGCAAACAUCCUUUUGCACCUGAAGGACAAACCAGGAUUUUAUGAUAGGGUGUCGCAUCUUCUCAGGGUAUACCAGUUGUUCCGUCCAGACCUGAUUUUCGGAAACAUAUCCUUCAAGCAUUUUCCUCAGACGACACCCCGUAUUCUCAGGAAAGGUGUCCUGGCAUUAAGAAUGAGGCUUGAAGAGAACAACGUUGUGGCAUGGAGCUCGUCUUCAGGCGAAAUUUGGCCAGCAAUGAACAAACCUGAAAAGGUCAACACUUACCAGCGCCCCACAGCCAUUCCGAGACCUGACAACACAUGCUAUUCAGGGACAAUGGAGGAAAAGACACAGACCAAGGUUUUUGUAUCUCAGUACCGGAGGUUCUCCGAUCUUACGAACGGCCUGCCCGACUGGAAGCUGUGGAAGUGGCCCAACAAUCCAGCAACUCAUCUCAACUGUCCCAUCAUCAUUCCUCUCUUCAGACCUGAUGACCCAACAGUUUUGAUCACUCUUACCAACUGGUUACAGGUUGCUCUAAGGGCGGAACUGAUCGAGUGUCGGGGCAAACCGAAUAAAGAAAGGUGCGAGAACUUACUGAGAGCUGUGCACAACUUAGUGAAAGUCACCGGAACUCAGAUUCCAGUCAUAAAUGACUUCCUUAUCGAUUACAUGAGCGUUUGGAAUCAGAGGUCAUAUUUUCCCUUGGUACUGUCGUUGAUGGAAUACUCGACGUACGUUUCCGCGGAAUUCACUUCCCACACAUACUUCAGGAUUAUUGCAGAGUUGCUGGACAAUGCCUCCAUGGUGAAAUGGUGCAGAGUCAUCGAGACUGUCGGCAACACGGCAGCUGUAUGGGCCAUAAGAGCUAUGGAAGAAGCUACAGGAUCGGACCAGUACAUGAAUUGGCCUGGAACAUCUGGCUUUGAGGAUAAUAGCUCCAUCACCGGCCUGUGGUUCCUGAUAAACAAAAUGGAGAGGCUUUUCUCGGCAGCCAUGUUGGAGUAUAAGUGUCAUCCGAUGGUCAUACAUCACAUUAUUGAUUUCUAUGUUAAGAUCAGCAUGUAUUCUGAAGCCCUGAAUCUGCCGGUGGUGUGUCUGCCGAGAGUUCCGUUCACUUUGGCCCUCAUAAUUCAGAGUGAUCUUGCUGCUGUGCAUCGCUGGGGAAAGCUCCUCUCUAGCAUACCAGCAACAGUCGAGCGCAUCAGAAAGAUGGACGUAUAUGGACCUGAAAACGCAGUUCAGGUUGAGUGCCUCAGCAUGUGCGAGUCUUUCAACAUGUCGGUCAAGGUCUUUGUGCAGAGCGUCUACAUCGGAUCGGCAUUUGGAAGCCUCUACAAGAAUCUCUUGGACCCAUUUUACUCAUUUGACUUCCUUCAAAAAAUUGUUGCCUCGCCAUCUGCAAAGAAAUUUGCGCAAGUCACCCACGCGCUGCCUUACCUGCCGUACUGUGCGAAGAAUCUGAUUGAACUGGGAGACAGGGAACUAGACAAAGACGAGGCAAAAGAAUUGCGGGAUGAGGUCAUUGCACAAUUGGAGUCAGAUGGCUUUUCAGGAAUCGGCAAAUGUAUAAGUGUUUAUAUAAAGUGAACUUGGUCAUGGGCAACAACUUCAACAAGCAGAAUGGACCUGUGUUUGCAGAUGUCUUAAGUUUAUAUGAACAGAGUUCUGUUUUGCUACAGUGGUUUUCCUCCAAAGUGGCAUUGUUGCUUACUGUUGGUCUGAGGGACUUUUGUGAGAUUGGUAUUCCGAGGGAGAUGAAUUUUCAUUGUCUUGUUUUACCAAUACGGUAUUCUAAGGAAUUUGUUAAAAUUUCAGUUUAAUCAGCAUACAUACUGAGCAAGAUUUGUGAACUAUCAGAUGCCUCUCUUGUUUAGCUAAAAAAAGAUGGUUGAAGCAGCAAACGAAUUCAUAUCAAUUAUGUACUGACGAUAGGAAAUUUAUUUUAGGUUCACAAACGCGCAGGAUCAGCAGUGGUUUUAGGUUUACAAACGUGUAGUAUCGUCAGUUGUUUUAGGUUUACAAACGUGCAGUAUCGCCAGUGGUUUUAGGUUCACAAACUUGCAGUAUCGUCAGUGGUGUUUUUUUUUAUUUUCUCAAUUAUACCCAAAAAUAAACAGGCUUGAAAUUUUUAAAAGUUUACAGAUUUGGUUCAUAAAAUAGAUUUAGUGACAGACAAAUUACUUAAUGAGCACGUUUGUAAAACCUUAAGCCAUUAGUGUUUGCGAACUGCUGUCAGCAGGCAAUGUCAGUGUCUAUUACAAAUUCUACUAUUAUUCAAGUAGCAUAUUUUGUAAUGAAUAUAUCUUGUUCUGAACUCUGCUUGUGUCAUUGAGUGUGUGACUCAUUUGUACUGCUUUUUAGUUUUCUAUACUACAAAAUGUUGAAAGUGACUGAUGAACGUUUUACUGGAGAAGCCGAGGAGUAUCGAAGCCCAAAUAUUUUGUAUAUAUAUAUACCAUAUUUUUAUCACCUUUUGUAAGAAAUAUUUCAGGUUGAGCAUAACUAAUUAGAUGCCUUAAUUA